CUCUCUCUCUCUCUCUCUCUCUCUGAGACAUAAAUUUAACAUACACACAUUUUAUAUAAAAGAAUGGCGGCAGAAGUUGUGCUAGGAGCUGCAGUAAAAGUUCUACUUCAAAAUUUGAUCUCAGUUUCGAGGGAACAAAUCAGCCUCGUUGGAGAUUACAAGAAAGACUUGGAAAAACUAAAAGGUUCUGUCUCAAUCAUCCAGAGUUUCUUGAACGAUGCGGAGAAGAAGCAAAUCACCGAAGAAACUGUCAAACUCUGGUUACAGAAGCUUGAAAGUGUUGCUUACGAUGCGGAUAAUGUCUUGGAUGAGCUCCACUAUCAACAUAAGAAAAUCCAGACUCAACACAAAAUGAAGAAAAAGGUACGAGGCUUCUUCCCAUACCCCAUUCGUCAUCCAAAAAUUGCACGUAAAAUCAAGAAUAUCAACAAAAACUUGGAAGAGAUUAAUCACGAGGCAAGCAACUAUGGCCUUCAAAAGGCAGUGGUAGGUGCAUAUGCACAUGGGUCAUUAGGCCUAGAAACUGAUUCUUUCAGUAAUGAUCCGAUUUUUCUUGGAAGAAAAAAUGAUGUGUCUGAAAUUGUGGAGAAGAUGACUAUUGUUCCAAAUGAUCAAGUACUCUCUAUCCUUCCAAUUGUCGGGAUGGGGGGACUGGGAAAAUCAACAGUAGCUAGGGAAGUGUUUGAUCAUGAAACUAUAAAGAGUCAUUUUGCGAAACGCUUUUGGGUGCAUGUCUCUGAAAAUUUCGAUGUCGUGAUUCUUUUUAAAAAGAUUCUUACAUCCUUAACAGAAACAAACGUCGAACUUGGAAAUAAACAAGCUCUUCUCGAAAAGCUUGAAAAUUAUUUGGGAACUGAAAGAUUUCUACUUGUUCUCGAUGAUGUUUGGAACGGUAGUCAGGAAAAAUGGGAUGAUUUUCUUAAUCCAUUGAGAAAAAUUAGUCAUGGGACAGGAAAUGGCAUCAUUGUUACUACACGACUUGAAUAUGUUGCUUCGCUGGUGAGAACACUACCUAUUCACAAACUAAAUAGUUUGUCAGUAGAUAUGUGUUGGUCUAUAAUCAAAGAAAAAACUGUUGGACAUGGUAAUAUUCCAUUAGAAUUUGAGCAUGUUGGAGUAUCUAUUGCAAAACGAUGUCAAGGUUUGCCGUUGGCGGCCAAAGUGGUUGGAGGAUUAUUGCAUGGUAAAUCGAUUGAUGAGUGGCAAUCGGUUGCAAAAAAUUGGCUCUCAAAUUUAGAAGAUGAAAAUUCAAUUUCCAAGAUUUUAAAAUUGAGUUUUGAUCAUUUGUUGUCACCAUCACUCAAAAAGUGUUUUGCAUAUUGUUCGAUAUAUCCUAAAGGAUAUGACUUACAAAGGGAACGCUUGGUGGAGAUGUGGAUGGCAGAGGGAUUUCUUGAGGGGAGUGAUGAUAUGGAGGUUUUGGGCAACAAAUUCUUUAAUCAACUUUUAGAGAGCUCAUUGUUGUUACAAGUUGUGAGGAGGAAUGGCUAUUAUUACAUGCACGAUCUUGUGCAUGAUCUUGCAUCCUCUAUUUUAAAUUCAAGCAACCAGGUUCGGUACAUAAGCCUGGAAUCUAUUAGUGGUGAAUCGCAUGUUAUCCCAAAAGAACAAGCACAUUUUCUUCGUUCAUUACGGCUCAAUGGUAAAAUAUGUGAUAUCAUGUUCUCGAAGUUCAAAUCGUUGCAUGUUUUAAUUCUAAUGCACAGAUGGGUUGAAGAGUUGCCAAGUUCGAUGAGAGAGCUAAUACAUUUAAGAUGUCUUGACAUUUCGGGCACCAUGAUUAAAUGUUUGCCAAACUCUAUUGGUGAACUCUAUCAUUUGCAGACAUUAAGAGCAUGUAAGGUUUUGAUGAAGCUCCCGGACACAAUGAAACACUUGAUUAGCUUAAGACAUCUCCACAUUCCUCCCGGGAUAGAAAUGCCUCCAAAGAUGGGAAGAUUAACUUAUCUUAGAACGUUACCAUACUUUGGAGUGAGCCACAAAGAGGGUUGUGGAAUUGGCGAGCUCGAAAGCUUGAAUAAUCUCCAAGUAGAACUGAAGAUUUAUAAUCUUGAAAUGGUGUAUGACAAAGAAGAGGCUAAGAGUGCAGAUCUAUUACGAAAGCCAAACAUAAUAAAGUUAACUCUUGCGUGGAAAUCUGCGGUAAUUAUUGAGUGGACUCCUAGAAGUAGAGACAAUGAGAGUGUGUUGGAUGGCCUCGAACCCCACCCAAAUUUAAAGAAAUUAUACAUUUUUGGAUUCAGAGGAAGACGUCUACCAUCAUGGUGUUCAAAGAUGUCAAGUCUUAAUAAUUUGAUGGAGAUAACUCUUGAAGAUUGCAAGGACAUUGAACAAGUUCCAACGCUAGGGCACUUGCCAUAUCUCAAGAAUCUUUAUCUGAUUAACCUGAGGAGUGUGAAAACCUUAGGUUCGUCAUUCUAUGGAAUCGACAAAUGUAGCAUAUCCAACAAUACAAUUACUGUGUUUCCGGCACUUGAAAGGCUCGAGUUGGUAGAAAUGUGGAGGCUGGGAGAGUGGUUAGAAGCAGAGUUGAUGCCAAAUGCAACUGAGAAUCAACGACUAUGUGAUCAAGUGGUACUGGUGGUAUUUCCUUGCCUUGAGUACCUGAUGGUCAGGGGUAACACACCAUUGUGGUGUGUACCAAGUCAAAUUCUAUGCCUUAAACAAUUUGGUGGUGUAUACAGUGCAUGUGCACAGUGAAUUACCUUUGGCGCGUAUCUGGGGCAUCAAAUUAUUCUCGCUUAUAAUACUCGGAAUUGAUUAUAUUAAUGAAUUUGCAUGUGUGUUUCCCAGAUUGGUUCUUCUGUAACGAAUAAAAAUCUCUCGGAGCUGUGGAUAUUU